UUCCCUUCUGCCACCAGGCCCUGCGAGCUCCCUGCGGCGGAGGGUGGAAGAGGGAGCGGCGGGGCCGGGGGGAGAGAGCGCGCCGCCCCCGCCAAGGAUCGCCCGGAGGACCCCCUCCCAAGCCACCCCGCCGAGCCCACCCCCGCCCGCGCGCCGCGCCACGCUUGGAACGCUCGCCGCGCCAACGUUCCAAAGGCAGCCGGCAGCGUUCGAAAUUGGAACGUCCGCGGAUACAUUGUUGCCGCUCCCCCUCCCGCCCGCGCGCCCCUCCCCCUGCCCCCCUCUCCAACCUCUCCUUACCUCCCCCGAUCCCCCUGCCUGAUCCCACCCCCGGGGACCUCUCCCCGGCCCUCGCAGCUUCCUCCAUCCUCGCCCCCCCUCGCCUUCCCUCCAGCGCAUGGAAUACACGGCAGUUGCCUGAAGACCCCCCCCCCCCGGUCACCCGAGAGGAUCCAGUUCUUCAAAGAAUCGCACCCACCCCGGCUUGGGAAGCGGAGGCAGGGAGGAGAGAGAGGUCUCAUGGUACCAAGUGACGUGUCCUUCUUGUGAGAUCCAGUCCCCGGAACCCCCUGAGAAAAUGUCAGGAAAGCAGAACAUCUGGCCGUCUGGUACAGAAUGCAUUGCCAAGUACAACUUCCACGGCACUGCCGAUCAGGACCUUCCGUUUAGCAAAGGGGAUGUCCUUACCAUCAUCUCUGUCACCAAGGAUCCCAACUGGUACAAAGCGAAGAACAAAGUGGGCCGUGAAGGCAUCAUCCCGGCCAACUAUGUGCAGAAGCGGGAAGGGGUGAAAGCCGGCAUCAAGCUCAGCCUCAUGCCUUGGUUCCAUGGGAAGAUCACACGCGAGCAGGCGGAACGGUUGUUAUACCCGCCGGAGACCGGCCUCUUCCUGGUACGAGAGAGCACCAACUACCCGGGCGACUACACCCUGUGCGUCAGCUGCGACGGGAAGGUGGAGCACUACCGCAUCAUGUACUCAUCCAGCAAGCUCAGCAUCGACGAGGAGGUGUAUUUCGAGAACCUCAUGCAGCUGGUAGAGCACUACACCUCGGAUGCCGACGGGCUGUGCACACGCCUCAUCAAGCCGAAAGUCAUGGAGGGCACGGUGGCUGCCCAAGACGAGUUCUCGCGCAGUGGUUGGGCCCUCAACAUGAAGGACUUGAAGUUGUUGCAGACCAUUGGCAAAGGAGAAUUUGGGGAUGUGAUGCUCGGUGAUUAUCAUGGGAACAAGGUUGCCGUGAAAUGCAUUAAGAACGACGCGACCGCGCAGGCCUUCCUAGCAGAAGCUUCAGUAAUGACGCAGCUGAGACACAGCAAUCUAGUCCAGAUGUUGGGCGUGAUUGUGGAAGAGAAAGGCGGGCUGUAUAUUGUCACGGAAUACAUGGCAAAGGGAAGCUUAGUUGAUUACCUACGCUCCCGAGGGAGGUCUGUGCUGGGAGCAGACUGCUUGCUAAAGUUCUCCUUAGACGUCUGCGAAGCCAUGGCGUAUCUGGAAGCCAACAAUUUCGUCCACCGGGACUUGGCUGCAAGGAACGUGCUGGUUUCGGAGGACAACUUUGCCAAAGUCAGUGAUUUUGGGCUGACGAAAGAAGCCUCAUGUACCCAGGACACGGGCAAGCUGCCGGUGAAAUGGACAGCCCCAGAAGCACUUAGAGAAAAGAAAUUUUCCACCAAGUCAGACGUGUGGAGCUUUGGAAUACUUCUUUGGGAAAUCUACUCCUUCGGGCGAGUGCCUUAUCCGAGAAUUCCUCUGAAGGACGUAGUCCCUCGUGUGGAGAAGGGAUACAAGAUGGACGCCCCGGACGGCUGCCCCCAGAUUGUCUAUGAGGUGAUGAAGAAGUGCUGGAAUUUGGACCCUGCCCACCGGCCUUCCUUCCACCAAUUACAUGAACAGCUAGAGCAUAUCAAAGCCGCCGAGCUUUACCAGUGAGGUCGAGGGGAGGGCAGGGCUUCCUCCGGACACGCCUCCCUCCAUCACUUCCUGUGAUCCACCUCCCCCUCACCCCGCGUGCACGUGUGUCGGGGCAGGGUGGGGGGGCCACGAAAGGGACCGAGCGCAUCGAUUUUUAUCAGGAAUCGGAACCUGCCACUCAAGGGACUGUACUUAGACAAACAUAUUGGACUUGCGCAUAUCCCCAACGUACCUCAGUGGGUGUGUGUGUGUGGGGGGGUGGAAUUUGGCUCCCCUCUUCUCCGUGGGGAUCUCUCUCCUGUAUCUCUUUCAGCUGGGUCAUCUGAAGAUGCAGAUGUGAGAGGAAACAGCAGAACUGCCCCCCUCCCGGGGUUUUCUUCAUCUACCCCCACCCCAUCCUGUAGGAAUCCAAUUGGCUGAAGAGCACCUAGUGAUAUUUUAGUAGCAUGUUCUUAGCCUUUCAGACACUUUCCCUCUCCGAUUCCUCUCCGUGGAUCAGGCUUCCGCUCCACACACAUACAUUUCCAUCCUUUUUUCCUUCCAUCUUUAAUUUCUCCCUGGGAACUGGCUUGUGUUUCUCUCGUCCUUACCGGGAGGAAUUAAAAAAGGGUAUGAAAUUCAAACAUCCUCAGGAGGGGAGAUGCAAGAAAGGAAAGAGGGGUUUUGGGGGGGGGGAAUGGGGGAAUUUCCUGCCCCUGUUGGUACUUCCACAAUUUUGGAACCACCCAAUUACCAAUCCAGUAUCUUCUUUUCCCUCCUUCUCAUGCCCAGUCUUAUUUUGUUCCAGGUAUUUUUUUAUUAUUAUUUUGUUUUUCUUGUUUUCAAACUGCACCAGAAAAAAAUAGAAUCAGCUUGUCUGCUGGGUUUUACUAAAGUUACAAAUCUUAUUUUUUAAUGUAAUAAUUAAAAAGGUUAAAAAAAAGAGAAAACCACACACACACAAAUAAACCACGCUAAACCUUUAGCGAGCUUGUCUUCAGGCCGCCCGGCAAGGGCACAUUUCGAACUGUAAACGCCACCCACGGACGACUGUUUGGAUUGUUUUGCUUACAACAGUGUUUGCAUGCCUGUCUUGAGAGGCCUUUUCCAGUCCUGUCUCGUGCUUUAUGCUCAUUUAAUGCUGCCGACCGUGAGAUUAAACUGUAAUAAUAAAAAGAAACCAUUCCAUACGAA